GUCUGGGGAGAGCCUCCUUACCCCAAUGACUGGAAGAGAGUGGCCGAAUGGCCGGUGGGGCUGAGAAAUAUCGGGAACACCUGCUGGUUCAGUGCAGUCAUACAGUCUCUUUUCCAGCUGCCGGAAUUCCGACGCUUGGUGCUCAGCUACUCCGUCCCAGAGGGUGUCCUUGAAAACUGCCACAGCCGAAGUAAGAAAAGGAACAUUGCCUUCAUGCAGGAGCUCCAGUAUCUCUUUGCUUUAAUGCUGGGAACAUCCCGUAAGUUUGUAGAUCCGACGACGGCGCUGGAAAUGCUUAGGGGCGCCUUCAGGUCUCCCGAGGAGCAGCAGCAAGACGUGAGCGAAUUUACUCACAAGCUUCUGGACUGGUUGGAAGACGCUUUCCAGCUGACUGUGAAUGCUCACAGCAGCUCCCAGGAUAAAUCUGAGAACCCGAUGGUUCAGCUUUUUUACGGGACUUACCUAACCGAAGGUAUUCACGAAGGUAAAACUUUUUCCAAAAUAGAGACCUUUGGCCAGUAUCCUCUGCAGGUGAACUGCUAUAAAAACUUGAUCGAGUGUUUGGAAGGAGCCAUGGUGGAGAAAGAGGCCGGAUCCUCGCCCAAUCAGUCAGUGAAGUACGGACAAGAGCGCUGGUUUACGAAGCUUCCUCCGGUGUUGACCUUUGAACUUUCCCGAUUCGAGUUCAAUCAGUCCAUUGGACAGCCAGAGAAGAUCCACAACAAGUUAGAGUUCCCAAAGAUCAUUUAUAUGGACAGGUUCCUGUACAGUAACAAGGAGCUUGUCCAAGCCAAGAGAGAAGAGAUCAAGAAACUGAAAGAUCAGAUAGCAGGUCUUCAGCAGAAACUGGAAAAGUACAUGAGGUAUGGGUCUGGCUCCACCCGCUUCCCCUUGCCAGACAUGCUGCAGUACGUACUGGAAUUUGCAAGCACCCGGUCCUCUCCUGGUGUGCUCAGCACCCAGGUUUCAGCACCAACGGAAGCCCAGGUUGAGUGCCAACCUUCAGAGACUCCACCAGCACAAAGCAGUGUAAAAGUCACAGAAACGGAGAGGGCAGAAUACGUAGCCUCUGCUCCAGCUGUCUCUCAAGCCAACGGGCCACUACGGGCGUCCACAGGUUCUGUGGAGAUGCCAGAAUACCCAGCUCCUCGUGUUACCUCAGAGGACAACAUUAAUAUUGUCAUGACUUGUCUUCAGCGAUGGAGGGAAGAUGUCGAGCAAGACAUGGCAGAUCUGAAGAACUCCAUCGCCUUGCUCUCCGAGGCCAUGGGCCAGAUGUACUCGGACGCUCAGCUCCAGCAGGUCCCGUAUCAUCUGCACGCCGUCUUAGUCCACGAAGGCCAGGCCAACGCUGGACACUAUUGGGCCUACAUCCACCACCAGCCCCGGAAGACGUGGCUCAAGUACAAUGACAUCUCGGUGACCGAGUCGUCCUGGGAAGAAGUGGAGAGGGACUCCUUUGGGGGCCUGCAAAACGCCAGCGCCUACUGCCUGAUGUACAUCAACAGGAAGCUGCCCCACUUUGCUGCAGACGAUGGCAAAGGGCAGAUCCAGAAGGAAGUGGACGCCCUGCCUCUGGCACUCCGGCGCUACAUCCAGGAGGACAACUGGAAGCUGGAGCAGGAGGUGGCCGAGUGGGAGGAGCAGUCCUCCAAGAUCCCCCUGAAAGACCAGUCGACGCCCUCCUCGGAGUCUCUGGAUCUCUCCUCUGACUCGAUCCAAGAACAAUCGAGCUCGCCCGAAAGCAGUGUGCGCUCCCUCUCCUCGGAACACGCCGUGAUCUCCAGGGAGCAGACGGCCCUCGCCAUUGAGAAGACGGGCAAGGCUUACGAGAUGGGUGGGGUGCAGGCCGCUUAUGAGAAGUCCGAGGAGGCCGAACCGGCGAAGCUCCCCCCAGAAGGAGCCGACCUCCCAGUUCAGGCGGAACCAGCGCCAGCGGCACCUCGGGAGGCUCGGGGCCCGGAGCCUUCCGCCCCGCCUGGCUGUCAGAUCUCUGAAGUGGAGAUCCCCAGUGUGGGAAAGAUUCUAGUUAGAUCGGAUGCCGAUGGAUAUGACGAGGAGGUGAUGCUUAGUCCUGCAAUGCAAGGUGUGAUCCUCGCUAUUGCUAAAGCCCGUCAGACUUUUGAUCGAGAUGGGUCUGAAGCAGGGCUAGUGAAGGCAUUCCGCGAAGAGUAUUCCCGGCUCUACUUGCUGGCUAUGGAGUCCCCGACGCCGCAGAACGACCCCCGGCUCCAGCACGUCUUAGUUUACCUCUUGCAGAACAAGGCCCCGAAGCAGGUGGUGGAGCGGAGCCUCCUGGAGCAGUUUGCCGACAAAAACCUCAGCUACGACGAAAGGUCAAUUAGUAUUAUGAAGGUGGCACAGGCAAAAUUGAAGGAGAUUGGCCCUGAUGACGUGGACAUGGAGGAAUACAAGAAAUGGCACGAAGACUACAGCUUGUUUCGUAAGGUGUCGGUUUACCUCUUAACAGGCCUGGAGCUCUAUCAGAAUCAACAGUACUACGAAUCUGUGUCCUACCUGAUCCAUGCCUGUCAGAACAACAUGGCCCUGCAGGCGAAAGGACCGAACAGAGGGGCCGAUGCAUCUCUGAUCGCGCUCUACACGAGGAAGUGUCUCCUGAAGUUGAAUGAAGCUGCGGCGACUCUGCUGGAAAGCGGCGACAAGCUGAACGUGGACGAAGGCGUGAAGCUCUUGAAGGACCUGAUUAUACCCUGCAUGCACCUCCUGAUCAAGAGUAAUCUCUCCCAGGACGACCUGGAAGCCCUUGAACUCAUGAGAGGCGAAUGGUGCGACUACAUGGCAAAAGAUAUGAAUGAGGACCUGCGACUGAAGCUGAACGAACUUCUCUCCUGCCUCUUUGAUUGCUCCUCCGAGGGGGUGGUGCUGAGAGAACCCCCCACCAUCCGUCCCAAUUCGCCCUACGACCUCUGCAGCCGCUUUGCAGCCGUGAUGGAGUCCAUUCACAGGGCCUCGGCUGUAGCCGUGAAAUAGGAGGUCCCGAGACAGCCGGAUCCAGAUGCUGGAGACCGCAGACCUCCUGGGGAUGUUGGGGGCGGGGGUUGGAAUCCAGCAACCAGUCACUCUUGGAAGGAAUCGGAGAGAAGCGAUUUUACCCUCAGGCAAUCCAUAUCCAGACCCAACCCCCCGACUCUGUGUGCUUAAGAGAAGGGUUCCAAGAAACAGGGCUCCCUCGGGUGUGCGCUCUGCACGAUGCGCCACUGAGCGGGAAUUUGCACUGAGGUUUUUGCAAAUGUUGUCCCUUGGCCUGUGACAGCAUUUGCCUUUCCUUUCUUUCACUCACCGGGUGGAGGGGAUUAUUAAUCACGUUAUUGUUUAGAAGUGUGCAAUUUUAAACCGACGAUUGUACAUAUUCACUUCUGUGGUGCCCAUCUGAGAGAUGGUGGUGACGGUGGUUUGCUUUUGGACGAUGCACACCCUGUUAGCGUUGUAAAUGCACUCAGGAUGCAGGCUGGCCCACCGACGUGUCCUCGACGUGAUAGCAUCCGGCUUGCCGUGUUGUCACUGGGACAUCAACACUGCAUUCAUGUGGGCCUGCUUGUGGGGGUGCGUUUAAAUGCAACAGGGCCAAUGUGGAACACUGUGUGUGUGUGGGGGGACUCUGAACCCAUGGUCCCUAUCCUGUUCAGAUUGGGUCUCAGAACAGGACCAGUUCAGGGAGUAAGCCAAAUUGAGUCAUAUGUGUUUGGGGGGGGUGGAGGGUCUGUCCUAAAUAAUGCACACAUUUUACCUCUGGAGGAAAAACCGCUUAUAAGUUGAGGCCUUUCCAAGUUGCUUCUGGAGUUAAAAUCUAACCGAAGACGUUGACCGCCUUGCCUGGCGCACGUAAUGCAGGCCUUCGUGUCUGUCUUGGACGUGUCCGUGAGCGACUCAAAAUACAGCUGCCGUGACUUCCUCCUUGGGGGAGGGAACGGGGACAUUGUGCGGAGGCAAGAGGAGUCAUUCCAGCGCAACAGAAGAAGAAGGAGGAGGAGGGGAAAUAAAACCUGCGAGGAAGGGUUGCCCCCGACCCUCCCGAGGAGGAUCUCCUUCAGGGCCAAUUGCCAAAACGGUUUUUAAAGGACAUACAUUUUAACCGGCCUAAUUUUCCUCCAAAUAUUUUUUAAGCUGCCUUUAGGAUUUUAAUUAAACUGAGAUUGGGAUGUAAAUGGAAAUGCCUAUUUGAUAAGACUUUUUUCUGGUUUUAAAGCGCGAUAAAGUAUUUCACCCUGUUUGAA